AUGCAUUUCCUCAAAGGGCUGGUUGUUUCUCUCCUACCCUUCACUGCUCUCGCAGCCGAAAAACCUGCCACCGCCGACCGAUUCCAACAAUACCACGCGAAAGCCCUCUCGUCGACUCCAUUGAAGCUCGACGAUGCUCAAUAUGCAAAGCUCACUAGUGCACCAAGAGACUACUCAGUAGUUAUUCUUCUCACGGCUUUGGAUGCUCGAUUCGGAUGCCAAAUGUGCCGCGAGUUCCAGCCGCAUUGGGAGUUGUUGUCAAAGAGCUGGACUACAGGUGACAAGACGGGAGAAUCGCGUUUGGUUUACGGGACUUUGGAUUUCAUCGAUGGAAAAACCACUUUCCAAAGUCUCGGACUCCAAACUGCUCCUAUUCUCCUGCUUUUCCAACCUACUACCGGUGAACACGCCGUUAAAAACAAGCUGCCUAUCAGAUAUGACUUUGCAAAUGGACCUCAGACAGCCGAGCAAGCACACGCGUGGAUUUCCCAGCAUAUGCCAGGACGCCCACAUCCAAAGGUUGUCCGACCGAUCAAUUGGCUUCGCAUAAUUACUAUCACAACGACGAUACUCGGAACGCUUGUCUUCGUCAGUGUUGCAUGGCCAUAUUUUGUGCCCAUCCUUCAGAACCGGAAUCUUUGGGCCGCUAUCAGUUUGAUUGCCAUCCUCCUCUUCACCAGUGGACACAUGUUCAACCACAUUAGAAAGGUGCCUUAUGUUGCUAGUGACGGCAAGGGUGGAAUCAGCUACUUUGCUGGCGGGUUUCAGACCCAAUAUGGUUUAGAGACACAGAUUGUUGCUGCCAUAUAUGGCCUUCUGUCCUUCGCCACCAUUUCGUUGGCCUUGAAAGUACCUCGCAUUCGAGACCCCAAGAUUCAACAAGUUGCUGUUCUCGUUUGGGGAGGUGUGCUCUUUGUCAUGUACAGCUUCUUGCUCAGUGUAUUCAGAAGCAAGAACGGAGGAUACCCAUUCUGGUUACCACCUUUCAUAUAA